AUGGUUGCUGGUGCGGCGUUUGGCGCGUGCGGCGAGCAAGUAUCGUGGGCGGCGCGUGGUGGUGCUUGGGUCGAGCGGGAGUUGGGCCGCGGAGGCGGCGUUGAGGCCUGGUGGGGCGCGACGUGGGGCGUGGCCGUGGGAUGGGGCGUUGGAAGCGGAGGCGAGCGAGCGAUGGGAGCAGGUGGCUCGCGCGGGCUGGCGGGCGAGGCUGGUGGCGGCUCGGUGGGCGGAUGGACGAAGCCGGCAGUGCCGGGCUGGGUUGAGCGGCAGUGCCGGACUGCGUUCGGCGGCAGUGCCGCUAGGAGUUGGCCGGCAGUGCCGGGCACUGAAACUUUGCACGAGCAGGUGCGGGAGUUGCUGGUGGAUUUAGGAGCCAGGGGCGUGCGUGCGUGGUCUCUGCGCGGGUCAACGGCGAGCGGAAGCUUGCCUGGCGGCUGGUGGCUUGCUGUGCGUGCGCGCAGGCGGCUCCUGGUCAAGGCGCGCGCGUGGAUGGUUGCUGGUGCGGCGUUUGGCGCGUGCGGCGAGCAAGUAUCGUGGGCGGCGCGUGGUGGUGCUUGGGUCGAGCGGGAGUUGGGCCGCGGAGGCGGCGUUGAGGCCUGGUGGGGCGCGCUGUGGGGCGUGGCCGUGGGAUGGGGCGUUGGAAGCGGAGGCGAGCGAGCGAUGGGAGCAGGUGGCCUGCGCGGGCUGGCGGGCGAGGCUGGUGGCGGCUCGGUGGGGUGCUGCAGGGCGCGCGGCGGCUGCUGUUGA